AUGUCCUUUUCGAGCCUCGUCCACGAUCUCAGCCUCCGUGACGGUGGCAGCAGCAACUCCAACGCUGCGGCCAUCAGCCGUCGCCCGCCCCCUACCGUAUCGUCGAUUGACGAUCGCGCUUCGCAUAUUUCGCGCGCCCGAUCCUACGCCAGCACGGCGGCCACGAGCGUCAGCAUCUCGGGUGACAUCUCCAGCCAGCUGCAUGGCGGCUACUUUCACCCGCUUGCCCGUUCGUGGCAAGCCGAGCGCCAACUGACCAAGUCUAUGCUCAUUUACCCCCUCUUCAUUACCGACAACGACGACGACAUGAUUCUGGUCCCCUCCCUUCCCGGCCAGCACCAACUCGGCAUUGGCCGCGUCAUCUCGUUCCUCGAGCCCCUUGUCCACAAGGGUCUGCGCUCCGUCAUCCUAUUCGGCGUGCCCUUUAAGCCUGGCACCAAGGACGCUCUUGCCAGCGCGGCCGACGACCCAGAAGGCCCCGUUAUCCGCGCCAUUCGCCUCAUCCGCCGCCGCUUCCCGCAGCUCUACAUUUGUGCUGAUGUUUGCCUCUGCGAAUACACAUCCCACGGUCACUGCGGAAUCCUGCGCGACGACGGCAGCUUGAAUAACGAGCUGUCGGUGGACCGCAUCUCCGAUGUUGCCGUCGCCUACGCCAAGGCUGGUGCUCACUGCGUGGCCCCAUCGGACAUGAAUGACGGUCGUAUCCGUGCCAUCAAGCUCAAGCUUAUUGAUGAGGGCAUCUCCCACAAGACGACGCUCAUGUCGUACUCGGCCAAAUUCUCGGGCUGUCUGUACGGACCCUUCCGUGAUGCGGCCGGCUCUGCGCCUUCGUUUGGCGACCGCAAGUGCUAUCAACUGCCUCCUGGCGGCCGUGGUCUGGCACGACGUGCGAUCACCCGCGACAUGGCCGAGGGCGCCGACAUAAUCAUGGUCAAGCCGGCCGGUCAGUAUCUCGACAUUAUCAGCGACGCCAAGGAGCUGGGCAAGGAUCUACCAGUUGCGGCCUACCAGGUGAGCGGCGAAUAUGCAAUGAUUCACGCUGGAGCAAAGGCAGGCGUGUUUGGUCUCAAGGAAAUGGCUUUCGAGUCUGCCGAGGCCAUUCUACGGGCGGGUGCGACCAUUAUUGUCAGCUACUUUACGCCUGAAUUUCUUGACUGGCUUGACAACUAG